AUGCUGCACACCUUCUAUGGGAGGCAGAAACGACGGCCAUUUCUGGGGCUCUUGUUGCUGUUCAUUUUUUUCAGGCCAAGCGCGGCGCGAAGCUGCCAAGGCGAGCGCUGGGGAAGGCUCCAUGAAGCCUUGCUGGAAGCCUCGCAGGAGGAGUAUCUGGAAAACUUCAGUCCUGCCAUGUUCGAGUUGACACAGUACGAGAUCUUUGAGUGGUUCAAAGCAAACUACCGUGACUGCGUGGAAGGUUUACUGUCGAUGGUUCUAUAUUUGUCACUGAUCAUGGACGAGCGGCGUGCUUCUUUGCUGGACUUGGCCAGCCGAGCUGCUCGGGAGCUGAAUCCCUUGGCACUGCGAUCAGGACAAUCGACAUGGCCAUUCUUCGGUUUGUUGGAGCAGUUGCAGCUGGUGUGGCAGGCUGGGCAGCACGCAGCUCCGCUGUUGACGGAUCCCUGGCGCCUGCCUCCAUCCUGUCGAAAGGGACCGUCUGCGCUGCACCCCUUUCGGAAAGGGAAGGAGAACUUGGGCGGCCUUGCUGCCGCCUGGGGUUGGACAGGUCCUUCACCCGUCGAAGAUUUUGCCAACCAUUCUGUCUUAAGAUUGGCUCGGAACUUGCCUCCUGGUUCCCUGUUGAUCGAUGCUGGAGUUUUCGAUGGAACUGAUUGGUCUCUGAUGGGCAUUCUGGCUGGUGCGACCGUGAUUGGUUUCGAGCCUUUGCUGGAGAACAGGAAACUCAUUGACGACAGGCUACCCGUGCGGCUCAGUGAGUAUGAUCAAACUUCGGCCCACACAUUCCUGCACAUUGAGCCGGGAGAGGCAGUGCCACGGCUUGACUGGAAGUCUGUUUUCACGGAGGGCAGCAGGGCCGGUCACAGCUACAUUAUGACCGCUGCUCUUGGAGAACGCGUCAGGGCCUUGAAUAUGACAACGCGCUAUGACUACAGCAGCAUUUCUGACCAAGGAUAUCUCACAGGGCCUCCCAAUAUGCAAGUGGAAGAGAUUGCCAUGACAACGCUGGAUGACACCAUCGGUCCGUACUUGCCAUUCGACCACAUCGACCUCUUGAAGCUAGAUGUGGAAGGCUACGAGAUGGGUGCCUUGCGCGGUGCCGAAGGGCUGCUGGCCGACGGACGGAUUCGCUUCCUGGUGAUGGAGUUUCAUCCAGGAAUGCUCGGAAGCAGUGGCACUGAUCCGGAAGGACUGCUACAUUUCCUCCAUCACUAUUGCUUCCGAUGCUUCUCCUUGAAGAUCGAGCAGAUGCAGAGCUUCCGUGAUUUCGUGGCGCGUUAUGUGACCCCUGCAGCAACUCCUCUGCAGGGACUUGGUGAAUUGGAGGAUUUGAUCUGCGAGAACCUGGCUUUUGGUGCCUGA